UUCAUAAGUUGCUGAACAACUUGGCCACUAGUUUCGAGUCUUUACAUCCAGAGAAAACUAAUAUCUGGACCAAGAAUGGGAAGAGGAGUAGAUCUCAAGUGGUUUCAUCCUACAUAAUGAAUAUUAGCUGCCCUCCAUCUUUCUAUGAUUUAACCUUUGAACCAUCAAAGACAUAUGUUGAAUUCAAGGAUUGGAAACCUAUGUUUACCUUCAUUGAGAAGGCAAUUCAACACCUCUGGAGGAAAAAUAUUGGUUGUGGACAAGCUGAAACCCUGAAGGAAGAUGACAAGAGUUCAUACGUUGCGGAAGAUUUUUUUGAUGGAUCAUUGAUGGACUUGGAAUUUGCAACAAGAAAAAGGACUAAAAAAUAUCAACUAUCUUCUUCACUGGACAAACUAGCAAUAGAUAAUUUGUUUCUUAUGGAACAUGAAGAUAUGCCAUUUGAGAAGAACAAUGGGAAUAAACCAUUUAAAAAUCAACAGAGUGAAACGAAGUUUUCUCAUUGGACUGACUAUUCUUUUCAAAGUUGGAGUGAUUCCCUUUCCAAAGAAGCAUUCAUUGUAAACCAAAGGAGUGAUUGGCAUCUUUGGUCAUCUGAUAACAACUUUGUAUCCGAAGAUUACUUUUUGGAAAAUGGAUUCGUGGCUUCAGGAAGACCAAACUGUCUCAUGUACAACAAUAUAAGUUCAAAGUUAUGUAAUGAAUUCCUUAAGGUUGAGAGUUAUGUGACCGAUGAAACAGCUAGGAGUGGUUUUCCUUUUGAUAACCGUGAACAUUGCAAUGGCUCACAGUUCAGGAAGAAUAUCAGCAAACCUCUUCUGCAAAGAUGCUCCUCCCAAAGAAACUGGCCACUAGACAAGGAGAUGAUCGAAAUUGACUAUGGAGUUGAAUCUCCAAUUGGUAGCUUUAAGAAAAAGAAGCAGGGUUGCUCAAAUGCAAGCUUCAGUAUGCUGGAAGUAAGUGGCGAGACAUAUCAUCCCUUUUCAAAGGCGCUGUGGCAGGAUGGAGAAUCAUGUUCUCAAAUUUAUCCCAAAAGAACAGGUGGCAUUCCAAGAGAUUUUGAUUUUUUAAUAUCUUCUGCAAAGUUGUUCCUGUCAUGUGGUGGAGAUGUUUCUGUUGAAGCGAAUGACCUACAAUUCGGUUCAGUCACACUAGCAGAAAACUCUGCUUCUCAUCAUCAGUCCUUAAAUAUGGGAACCUCAAACCUUCUUAUGCAAUUCAGUUAUAAGAAUGAAGUAGAAGAGAGCUUCAGAUCUGAGAAAAAAAACUAACUUUGGGCAUUUCUCAGAUGGUGAAGAUGACAACCAAUUUGGUUUUGAUCUAAUCUCAAGGGGCUCUAGCCAAGAAAAAUGCAUCCGUGACCACCCAAACACUGAAC